CCCUGCUUCCUGCCCUACACACACUAUUUAACUGGAGCCAUUCUGGGCCCAGUCCUGCACUGAGGCCGUGACAGGGACCCCGGCAAGCAGCAUGAGGGCCCCUGAGAUCUCCAUGUUCCUGUCCUGGGUAGCAACCCUGGGCCAGCUGACCUCCUCAGGGGUCCACCAAGGCCAAAUUGUAGGGGGUCAAGAAGCAAAACCCCACUCCUACCCAUUUGCUGUCUCCAUCCAGUACCAGGGUGAGCACAUCUGCGGGGGGUCCCUCAUCCGGCCCCAGUGGGUACUCACAGCUGCCCACUGUGAGGUCUCCAAGGACCCAGCUGCCUUCCGGGUAGUCCUGGGAGCCCACUCCUUGAUGAUUUCUGAGCCAACCCAGCAAGUGUUUGGGAUCCUUCGGGCUGUCCCUUAUCCCCUCUAUGACUCUAAGGCUGACACCAACGACCUACAGCUGCUCAAGCUCAACGGCAGUGCAUUGCUGACCCGCUCUGUGAGGCCUGCCAGACUUCCCCGCUGGAAGAGAUCAGUCCGCCCAGGGACUCGGUGCUGGGUGUGCGGCUGGGGGGAGAUCCCAGGCCGGGAUGAUCCCCCGAAGGGGCUCAUGGAGACUGCUGUGGUGGUGGUAGCCCGGCAGGCCUGCAACACCUCCUGGAGGGGAAGCAUCAACCAGGACAUGGUCUGCACCUCCGGCUCUCACACAGGCCAGUUCCAGGGUGUCUGCGGGGGGGACUCCGGGGGACCACUCAUGUGCCAAGGGAGGCUUCAAGGUGUGGUGUCCUUCUCAUCCCGAAUCUGUGGGGAUCUACGCUACCCCGACGUCUAUGUCCGAGUCUCCACCUUCACGGCCUGGAUCUUUGAUGUGCUGCAGCACUACUGACCAAGACGCACAGUCAGGACUUUGGGGCCCUGAGGGUCCUCGUGAUCCAGUCUCCUCCCCCUGAAAUCUAACAUGGGGUAAACCUACUCCAAGAGAGGGGGAGGGACCUUCCUCUGACUGAUCUGGACCAGUAGUGUGGAUUUGGCUGGGCUCUCCCUGGUUUACAAGAGGAAUUUAAUUUUGAAUAAAGACUCUUUCUCA